AUGGAUACCCCAGGAAAUCUACAGAAAGAGGACCGAUUUACCGAGAACACAAAACAAGAACAGUGCGCGUACACACCCGCGCACCAACUGCGACAAUCGGAGACAGACGAGGUGAAACAGGUGUGGGGAAGCAACGUUGGAUGUGUAGUGCGGGUGACGUGGCUUCGUCGUGGUGGGGCACACGGUGAAACCGUGACUGUGUACAUGAAACCAAGAAACCAGGAAACCAAGAAAGCCGAAAACCGGAAAUUGCCACAUUGCGCUCAGAUAGGCCAUAACUCCGCCGGUCGAAGAAGCUCGAUCGCUCUAUACGUGGCGCCAAUGCUAAUGCCCGCCUUCUUGGCGUGUGUGCCGCACGUGUUUUCACUGAUGCAGGUGCACGGACAGGCGGAAAGCGUACACCAGCGGACCCUGCGGGUCGCCCUUUGGUAUCGUCAUCAUCGUCCCUCACACGCCCCGCCCCGCCAGCGGUGUACCCCGCAUGACGCAAUUCGCAAUGCACGCGGCUGCAUGAUGCGUUUUGUACCGGACAUUCGGACUCGAGCGCUCGCGCGCUCGGACGGGCGGGGUCUGUGGGGUACUUCCGCUUUUCCGGAAGAUCUGGAGCAACUUUGCGUUUCCUCGAAUCACGGCUACUAG